GUGAGACAGGAGAGAGAGAGAGACAGGAGCCUUCUUUAGACAGGAGCUCUGGCCGCCGCAGCUGUCUCUACCAUUCCUGGCCUGUCGACAGUCCACACAUUGGAGAAUUAAGAGGGACUGAAGGCUGCCCCACUUUUUCUUCACUCGCUCAGUUAGUUUGCUUUACUCUUCUCCUAUCGGACACCUCUGCAACACUAUCACAUUUUGACAGUUCUUGGGCCAGAGGCGCCCAAUAUGGCGGACCAGUACAACACCAACGAGGAGAAGAUCCUGAGGGACAGUCACACCAAAGAGAUCGACUUGAUCAACAGGGACCCGAAGCAAAUCAAUGAAGAUGUUGUGAAGGUGGAUUUCGAGGAUGUGAUCGCCGAGCCUGAUGGCACCCACAGUAUGGACGGCGUGUGGAAGGCCAGUUACACCACCUUCACUGUCUCCAAGUACUGGUGCUAUCGUGUGCUGUCGGCCGUCUUUGGCAUCCCGGUGGCGCUGCUGUGGGGCUUCUGCUUCGCCUGCAUCUCCUUCUGUCACAUUUGGGCCGUGAUGCCCUGCAUCAAGAGCUAUCUGAUCGAGACGCAGUGCCUGAGCCGCAUCUACUCUCUCUGCAUCCACACCUUCUGCGACCCACUGUUUGAAGCCCUAGGGAAGAUUUUCAGCAGUGUUCGGGUGGCCUUACGCAAAGAGGUUUAAAUCGCUUCGACAAAAUCAAGGUUUACAUGUUCGGUCUUUUCAUUUUACAGUUAUUUGUUUUUGGUUAAUGGGUUUCGAGGUGCCUUAAAAUAAAAAAAAAAUAUUUUUUCUGUAUGUGUAUGUGAGGCUUUGGGAGCAAUUUAGGAUUAUGCCACGUGCUUGUUCAGAGAGAACAACGAGAAAGACCUUUCUGAAUGACGACGGAGAGUGAAGCUGAUGUGAUAUCAUCUCUCUCGAUGUGUGACAGGUUUAAAAUGGGAUGCUGUUGAGUGUGGUAUUUUUAUCAUGAUCAAUGUCAGAUGUAUUCUGAGCAAUUACUUAUUAAACUUUUCAAUUUAAACAACAA